CACGUGGGUUAUUGGUAUCAACCUUAAAUUAAAAUGGCGACACUAGAGGAACAAUCUCUGUGGCAAGACGAGGAUGGUGUAGAUGAUGAGGUUCAGCGCAUGUCAGUUGAGGAGCUCGUGGGUCGUACGAAACUUUUAGAGAAUGAGAUCAGAAUAAUGAAAGCGGAGACUUUGCGGCUGCAACAUGAGAUGCAAGCACAGAAGGAAAAGAUUAAGGAAAAUACUGAGAAAAUCAAAGUGAACAAAACCCUGCCUUACCUUGUGUCCAAUGUAAUCGAGUUGUUAGAUGUUGAUCCUCAGGAACAGGCUGAAGAAGAGGGUGCCAAUGUUGACCUUGAUUCACAAAGGAAAGGGAAGUGUGCAGUGAUCAAGACAUCUACAAGACAGACAUACUUUCUUCCUGUCAUUGGUCUUGUUGAUGCUGAGCAGUUGAAGCCUGGUGAUCUGGUUGGUGUGAAUAAAGAUUCGUAUCUCAUUCUUGACAAGCUGCCAGCAGAGUAUGACUCUCGUGUGAAGGCGAUGGAAGUGGACGAGCGUCCAACCGAGGAUUACAACGAUAUCGGAGGAUUAGACAAGCAGAUACAAGAGUUGAUUGAGGCAAUCGUGUUGCCGAUCCAACACGCACAACGGUUUGAAAACCUGGGAAUUCAACCUCCAAAGGGUGUGUUACUGUAUGGUCCUCCUGGCACAGGAAAGACUCUCUUGGCAAGGGCAUGUGCUGCACAGACGAAAUCAACGUUUCUCAAGUUGGCAGGUCCACAACUUGUUCAGAUGUUCAUAGGAGACGGUGCCAAAUUGGUUCGAGAUGCAUUUGCUCUUGCCAAAGAGAAAGCGCCAGCAAUUAUCUUUAUUGACGAACUGGACGCCAUUGGUACUAAACGUUUCGACAGUGAGAAGGCAGGGGAUCGCGAAGUGCAGCGUACGAUGUUGGAAUUGCUCAACCAGUUGGACGGGUUUAGCUCAGACUUGAAUAUUAAAGUCAUUGCUGCUACGAAUAGAGUUGAUAUCCUGGAUCCAGCGCUCCUCAGAUCAGGUCGUUUGGAUCGUAAGAUUGAGUUUCCCAUUCCUGAUGAGAACGCACGAGCUCGUAUUCUUCAGAUUCAUUCUCGUAAAAUGAACGUCAGUAAAGAUGUCAACUACGAAGAGCUGGCACGCUGUACAGAUGACUUCAAUGGGGCUCAGAUCAAAGCUGUCUGUGUUGAAGCGGGAAUGAUUGCAUUGCGACGAGUAGGAAGUGAACUGACACAUGAAGAUUAUAUGGAAGGAAUAAUGGAGGUUCAAGCAAAGAAGAAGAGUAAUUUGAAUUAUUACGCUUGACUGUAUGUAGUGUUGUCAUGACAACUGGUAGUCAUUGGUAAGAAAUACAGAGUUGUAUGAAAUCAAGUGUGGAAUUGGUUGGCUUUAUAUGUACAGUACAUUAGUAGUGUGG